AUGAAGCUUAAGAGUUUACAAUCUGUUUUUGUUAUUGCUGAAAUUGGACAAAAUCACCAGGGUAACAUUGAAGUUGCGAAAGAUAUGAUUCUUGAAGCUUCUCGUGCUGGUGUUGAUUGCGUCAAAUUUCAAAAGUCUUGCCUUGAAGAAAAAUUCACUAAGAAAGCAUUGGCGAGAGCUUACAAUUCUCCAAAUUCUUUUGGUUCGACCUACGGCGAGCACAAGAGAUUUUUGGAAUUUUCUAUCGAACAAUUGAAGGAAUUGAAAGAUUAUGCUGAAUCAUGUGGAUUAAUCUUCAGUUCUUCUGCGAUGGAUAAAGUUUCAUUUGAUGAGCUCAAGCAAUUGGAUUUGCAAUUUAUCAAAAUCGGUUCGGGCGAUACGAACAACAUUCCAUUUAUGCGUUACAUCGCUCAACAAAAUGUUCCAUUGAUUGUCUCGACGGGUAUGCAAAAUGAAUCGACGGUUAGGAAAGUUGUAAAGAUUUUUGAAGAUGCCAACACUGACAUCGCUCUACUUCAUUGUGUCUCAUCAUACCCAACACAAGUCGAAGACACUCAAUUGUCUCACAUUUCUCGUUAUCGAAAGUUAUUUUCAAACAUUCCUAUCGGUUAUAGCGGUCACGAAAUUGGCUGGGAAUGUUCAUGCUUGGCUGUAUUGAUGGGAGCGAAAGUUUUGGAGCGUCAUUUUACGCUCGAUAAAAAUCAAAAGGGAUCCGAUCACAUUGUGUCAUUGGACCCUCGAGACAUCGCAUCGUUGGUCGAGAAAGUUCGUCUGAUUGAAAAGAAUGUCCAACUUCCCGUAAUGCCAGAUGAUUUACUUGAUGUUGUCACAAAAUUGAAUCUCUUUGAGAAUCCACAGGGAUUUAUUGGUCGAGCAUGCGGACCAGUCGGACGAAAAUCAAUUUUUCCAUGUGAAUUAAUGUGCAAACAUAAAUUGGGAAAGAGUUUGGUGUACUCGCGGGACUUAAGAAAAGGACAACGUCUUGAAGAGUUGGAUUUGAGCGUGAAAGUGAGCGAACCGAAUGGCAUCCCAGCAGAAUUAUUUGAUGAUGCUGUUGGAAAGGAAGUGAAGCGUGAUGUUUGUUAUGAUGAUCCAGUUAUGGAGAGUGACAUCGGCCAAUUCGAAACGACGCAUGGAGAUUUGUAA